CGCCGAAGGCGAACCACCACCACCACCUCCUCUAGUUCCACUCGAGUAGAUUGCUUAGGUCCUCCUGCUACUCUACUCUAGUGAACUCUCUGAUUAUAAAGCCAUGGUUGGCUGGCAGAGGAAUUGCAUUCAAUCCCUAACCCAUCAUUUUCGGAAAACAACACUAUCCGACACCCAACUGCGCCGCCCUUUUUAUCUCUGCUCCCAACACUCGGGAAUCUCCAGUUCAAGGAACUUACUUGAGCAAUCCUCAUCUCAUGUCCCAUGUCCCAAUACCCAAACUCCACCGCCUCAAGCUUUAAAACAAGUUCAAUAUGUCUUGAAGGGUGUUACUCAGGACCCUAACAAGAUUGAUCUGGUUGGCAAACUUGUUCGUGGUAUGCGUGUUGAAGAUGUGUUGUCACAAUUGUCAGUGACAGACAAGCAAGCUGCAAAAACCGUGUAUCAGGCUAUUUUCUCAGCUCGAGCAGAUGCGACUUAUAAACAUGGGUUGGAUCCAGAUCGUCUACUUGUUGCUGGGGCAUCUAUUGGAAAGGGAUUUGUGGGAUUCAGCAAAAAGAGAUUAGCCUACCACGGUAAAGGCAAUGGAAUUAAAGUAAGACCAAAACACCAACUGACGGUGAUUUUAAGGGAGAUAGCCCCUGAAGAAGAGGCGCAGAUAGCCGAACAAAGAGCUGACAAUUUUCUUUAUCUCAGUAAGCGCCUCAGGCUCACAAAGGAGGAAAAUCAGCAUGUUCCUCCCGAGCUUCUUCGGAAAAUCAAAGACAAAUACUGUAAUGCUCUGCCAAGUGGUGUAGCUUCAUGAGCAAGCUACUUCCUGUGCCUCAGCAUUAUAAAGAAAGUUUUGAGAUGCAUUAUAGAACUCCCUCUCGGUCUUUAGAUCUCAAUAAAUUUGUUUUGUACAACUGCUAAAGACCAAGCUUCUUUGUUGUUUCAGUUUCAUGUAGUGGCCUUGUGUGAUUUUAUAUUCCUAACUGUUGAUGACAUUUGAGUUGUCUGUGAUAAUUUUGAAUCCUUAUCUAUUCA